AUGGGAGGGGCUUCGUUGCCGCCGGGUUUUCGUUUCCAUCCAACCGAUGAAGAACUGAUAGGAUAUUACCUGAAAAGAAAAGUUGAGGGACUUGAAAUUGAGCUUGAAGUUAUACCUGUUGUUGAUUUCUACAAAUUUGAUCCAUGGGAGUUACCUGAGAAAUCUUUCCUACCAAAAAGAGACAUGGAAUGGUUUUUCUUCUGUCCACGCGAUCGCAAGUAUCCGAAUGGAUCGAGAACAAAUAGAGCCACCAAAGCUGGCUACUGGAAAGCCACAGGGAAAGAUAGAAAGGUUGUGUGUGAGGCUAGUCCAUUCAUUUCCACGGAGACUGUCACGGGCUACCGCAAGACCCUGGUUUUCUACUGUGGAAGAGCGCCUUUAGGUGAUCGAACCAAUUGGGUCAUGCACGAAUAUCGUCUCAAUGAUGAUCCUAGCCAAGGCUCAGAGGGUGCUUUUGCUUUGUGCCGAGUUAUUAAAAAGAAUGAGAAGGCGAAUGAUUCCCAAGGGCAUGGAGGAAAGAGGGUUAAAGCUAAUGAUGGGAGCAAUUCCAUUUCCACCGAUGGGAAUGAGGUUUCUUGUCAGGCAAGUCAAAUGUGCAGUGGCAAUGAGAGUCAUUAUUCGAGUCCGAUUAAUUUCCCAAACAAUGUGCCUAAUAUGGCUGGAUUUGAGCAAGCUUCCUCUGAUACCAAUCCUUCAACCUUCUGGCUCUCCCCUGACAUGAUUCUCGAUUCUUCAAAGGACUACUCUCAAGUUCCGGUAAAAGAUCUUGAUGGAUGUUUCCCACAACAACAUGACUUAUUGAGUUCAAUGACACCUUGGCAAUCAUUUGAACAUACUGAAAUCUCACCAUGUUCAUCCUACUCAAACUUUAACACGGAAAUUGAAUUUUCUGACACUCUUAGUCGAAUCGGUUGCAUUUCACCCUACACAGGACAAGGAAGCUUCAUGGACUUGCCUUAUGAAUGCUAUGAUCAAAUUCCUUCAUUUAGGGAUCCAAACCAAUUCUGA